AUGUGUUUGAACGGAGCCAGAAAAAUCAACAAACACAAGUUUUGAAAGGUGAGAUUUUUUUCGCUUCAGCGUUCUAGUUUUUUUUUUGUCGUAUAUCCUGGACAUACCCUUUUCUAUUAACAGAACAAUUUCAAGAGCCAUGAAACAAACUUUACUGAGCAGGUUAGCUGUUAGCUCAUGCUAGCAGUCGAGCGAUGCCUCUGGCCGUUACUGUCCCCGUAACAGCUUUUAACCGAAAAACUUGAGACACUGGAACGAUGUUACUGGUUUGUGCUGUUUGGGUGAUUAGAUAAAGGUUACUUAAACAAAAGAAGGCACCGUAAUCUAAUAUUCACACCAUGAACCCAUCCAAUCCGUUUGGCAGUCCACAAGGAGGAGCUUUCCAAGCUCCAAGUAGCACCAUGAAGACUGGUUUGUUCCAGUCAUUUGGACAGCAGAGUUCCAGCAGCCAGCCUCAAAGUAUGGGCUUUUUUCAGCCAUCUGCAUUUGGACAGCCGUCUGUCUUGAAUCAAUCCUCAGCCCAUGGAAGUACUAUCUUUGGACAAGCCCCUGCCUUUGGACAGUCAUCUGCACAGACCUCAUCGUUGCCUACAAUAAGCCAGACUCCAGCGUUUGGACAGCAGACAUUAGGAAUGAGCAGCUCAGGCUUUGGUAGUAGCACAGCACCAGCUUUUGGACAGGCUAGUGGACCCAAUCAGACUUCUGUCUUUGGGCAAACACCAGCAUUUGGGCAACCUUCUGCAUUUGGACAGGCUCCAGGAUUUGGCCAGCAGCCCCCAGCGUAUAGCAAACAGCCACCAGCUUUUGGCCAACAACCAUCUGGGUUUGGAAACUCCCAGAUGGCUACUGGCUCCACCACUGCCUUAGGACAGCCUCAGCCACUUGGUUUUGGACAGCCUGCAUUUGGACAGCCAUCAUCUACCACUGUCACCACGAGUGUAUUUGGUGCAGCUCAGAGCGUGACCCAGAGCAGAGGCUUUGGAUCAUCUGAAUUCAGCUUCAAGCCGGCCAAUGAGGCACUUUUCAAGCCCAUCUUUAGUGCCAGCCCUGAGCCUGCUAAUCCCCAAACUACUACAAUGUCGAGCUCACCUUUUGGCAGCAGUGGAUCCCAGACAAGUUCAGGCACCAUGAGUACCAGCAGCACCACCACUGGCUUCUCUUUAUUGACUGGCGCUAAGUCUGGAUCUCUGGGCUUCAGCUUCUCACAACCAGCUGCAGCCCCCUCUAUAUCUGUUCAAAGCAAUCCAUUAACAACUGGCAAUAGCAGUGGUCCUACCAACACCCUUCAGUUCACAUUUUCCCAGCCAGCUGCCCCAUCCAGCUCCAGCACUAAGACCUCCACCACAGAGCCCACCACCCCAUCAUCUUUUAGCUUUUCAGCCCAAACCCUCCAAACACAGCCAGCACCCCUUUUUGGGGGAACCAGUUUUGGUCAGCCCUCAGCUUUUAGUGACACCAAAGCUAAAGCAGAGAUCAGUGCUGAUGAUAAAGGGAGCAGCGCUGCAGGCCCAGGAGACACAAAUGUAUUUGCACGAUUGAGCAAAGGCACCAAGCGCAAGGAUGAUCCAGUAGUGUCCAGUUUAGAGAAGCCUGCUGCUGAGGAGGAUGUUCCACCUGAAGCAGAUUCACCAAGACAUCCCCCAAAGAGGCCACUAAUGAGGUCCCGCGGUCCAAUAGGAGGUUUAUUUGGGAGAGCACUAAGUAGUAUUCGUCGGGACGGCGCUAACUCAGUGAGGCGAGAGACCACAAAGGAGACUCAGCAGCAGGCACCAACAUGGGAGAAGGAGAGGGAAGAAGUUCAAGCUCAGGUUGAUGACCUGUCUGUCGCACCACCUGUGGUACAAACACUGAGCAGGGAUGUGGUGGAAAAAGCUGAAGAGUCAGCAACAGCCCCAGAUCAAGCAACUGAAAGCGUAACUCCUGUGAGACGUGGCGUACGCAGCGAGAGCUUGGAGAGCCUGAGUGGGAUGUCUCCCACUGACUGCACUACCAUCCAGUGCAGGAAUGUUCCUCCAGCACUGAACAAAAAGGACACAAUCGAGAAGCACUUUGCUCGUUUUGGGAAAGUCCGUAAGGUCUUCUGCCGACCUGGAAAGGAGCUGGCCAUAGUGCACUUUGAUGACCAUGCAUCAGCAGCAAGAGCAAAGAAAAAAGGCAAAAUCCUGCAUAGACAAGAGCUCCUUCUUCUGUGGCAGAGAAAGAAGCAAAGUCCAGGAGACAAAAAGAGCCAACCUGCAGAAGGAAAGGAGGAAGCAGAGGGGGAAAGUCAAGAGGACACAGAGUCCAAGGCUGCUUCCUCUCCACUCAGAAGACCUCAACUCAGACAUCCUGCGCUCGGCAGCAUAGCGACCUUUAACCGCAGUUCUCCAGUAAAGAAGUCGUCCCUGGCCAAGACCCUGCAGUUUGACAAUGAACCCCAGAAAGAGAGCAGCACUGACACCCAGAGCUUGGAGCGCCUCGUCCCCUCAUCCCUCCUCCCUCUCAUUGGCCAAGUGGCUGAGACCGCUGAGGAAAAGUACCGCCUCCUGGAGCAGAGAGACAAGCUCCUGCGUCAAGGUCGUCCCAAGCGCACAGACCUGGACCUGUCUAAGGUGUUUGUGGGGACGUGUCCUGACAUGUGUCCAGAGAAGGAGAGGUACAUGAGGGAAACACGAAAUCAGCUCAGCAUAUUCGAGGUCAUCCCGAGCACAGAGAUGGUGGAUCACACAGCAGCCAUCAAGGAGUACAGUCGCUCAUCAGCUGAUCAAGAGGAGCCCCUGCCCCACGAGUUGCGCCCCCUUCUUGUGCUCAGCAUGACUAUGGACUAUCUGGUGACCCAGAUCAUGGACCAGGGCCAUGACAACUAUCGAGACUGGUAUGACUUUGUGUGGAACAGGACCCGUGGCAUUCGCAAGGACAUCACCCAGCAGCGCCUGUGCUGCCCACACACUGUAUCUCUGAUUGAGAAGUGCACACGCUUCCAUGUACACUGUGCCCACCACCUCUGUGAAGAGCAUAUGUCGUCUUUCGACGCCAAAAUCAACAACGAGAAUAUGACAAAGUGCUUGCAGAGUCUCAAAGAAAUGUACCAGGACCUGGCUGCACGUCAUGUCUUUUGCCCCCAUGAGGCUGAGUUCCGCCAGUACAACGUACUGCUGAAACUCAAUGACGGGGACAUCCUACGCGAAGUGCAGCAGUUCCGUGACGAUGUGCGCAACUCCCCUCAGGUGAAGUUUGCAGUGCAGGCGUUUGCUGCAGUCAACAGCAACAACUUUGUGCGAUUCUUCAAGCUGGUAAAAGGAGCUUCGUACCUCGCCAGCUGCCUCCUACACAGAUACUUCAAUCAGGUUAGAGCUAAGGCACUGAAGACCCUUAACAUAGCCCACACUGUGGGUCCACGAUCUACUGCAUUCCCACUUGAGGAUGUAGUUCGGAUGUUAAUGUUCCGCAGUGCUGCAGAAGCAACUGACUUCAUCCAGCAAUACGGCCUCAAUGUCAACGAUAGUAUGGUCGAACUGAGUCGAAUGACCUAUCAGGAGCCAGAGCUGCCGCUGUCCCAGAAGAAGUCAGGGGUCAUCCUUGCAAAGAAAACUGUGUUGCUUGGACAGGUGGUGAACGGAGGCUCCCUCCCCAACCCUCCCCGGCACACCCCUGUCUGCAGCUUUGACUCCCAGAACAAGUUCCGUGGAGAAGGGCCUCUGGCUGAGCCUGCUUCAAGUCAGUUUAAAGCCACUCCUGACAGGGUGGAGAUUAAAGCGCCACCCAGCAUGGAACUGCUGUCUCAGGGAGUGCCAGUCAAGGCUCCAGAUGCACCUCCUGCAUUUGGUCUCCCUACAGCUGUUGCAGCUGAGAGUGGGGAACCCAGUGAAUCGUAUCAGUCUGUGGUCCACCCAGCAGAGCCUGAGCAGCUGUUCCAGCCCAUCUCUCAACCUCAGCCGGUCAAACCUCCAUCACCUCCACCCAAACCUCAGCCAGUGUACAGUGAUGAGGACAUUAUGGCUGAGCUUGACUGUGUGAUAGAAGAAGUGGUUGAUGCAGCAGUGAGGGAGGUAGCUGAUGCUGGUGCCAGCUACGCCACAGCAGCUCUCACGGAGAGCAGUGAGCAGGUGGAGUCACUGGUGGGUGAGGUGUUGGGACAGAUGCUUCAGGAUAUGUCCUCCACCGAGAUCAAGCUGGAACGAGAGCGUGUUGCAGAAGAGCAGCGCAAGCUUGAAGAAGCCAGGAGGAAGCAGGAGCAUGAGGCUUUCCUGGUUCAGUUCAGCUUCUCUCUGUGCACAGAGAUCAUCAAUGAAGUGUUGGAUGAGACCAUACAGGAGACUGCCACCUCUGAGAUCCAGGAGGCAGUGGAUGAGAAAGCAGAACAUGUAGCUAAAUGCACAGAGCAGGUGUGCUCCAGCCUAGUAGAGGAGACUUUGAAUGCAGACAUUGCUGUGUUGGUUGAAGCCAUCCUUGACGCUGAGCUACAGCGCAUCCACAAGUACAUCAAGAGGUGGCGCGACGUGGUAGCCGUUCGACGUCAGCUGAAGAGACAAAUGAGAGGGUUUCCUGCAGCCCCUUGUUGUGUUGACCCUUGUUUCAAACUGAAGGCUCUGGCUCCCAGCGCUCCUGCUCAGCCCUCAAUAGCAGAACUGGCCCACGGUCUGGUCAACCUGGGAAACGCCGGCACGUUAGCCGUGUCUAGCACGAGAUUGUUGAAAAUGAGACAAGGAGUGAUCCAUCAGAUGAGAGUCCACUACUACUAUCAGAGGCUGCUCGAUGAGACAGCGUGGGCUCCACUCGACCUGCCAGCACUGGUUACAGAAAAUAUCCCCAACCCCCCUGACAGAAUCUUCUGGAAAGCUAUUCUCCUCUUACCCAGUGACCACGAGAGCGUAGCCAGCGUGGCUGACAGGAUCCUGUCGGAUUGGCUGGAGGUGAAACUUGGUGGUGACAAGGCCUCAGAAGUCAGAGAGGAGCAGCCAGAUGGCAUCCUGCAGACCCUCUGUGUCGCCAACACACUACAGGAGAACAGACAACACAUGCAUAAAGUCCACAUCAGCGUCAAGGCGUCCCGAGGGCCGCUGACUGAUGACGAUCUGUCUAAAGCGGAGGAGUGCUGUGAGCUCCAGGGGACAGAUGCCCUCAUCAUGUUGCUCCCUGCCCUGCCCGUCGUCGAGGCCAGCCACGACGAUGAGGACGUGCCUUUGCUGUCAGCGUUGCUUCAGCUCAAACAGCUACAGCAAGCCAGCACCUGGCACUGCCCGCUGCCUCUGGUCAUUCUGGUGCCAGGGCCAGAUGGUGGCGCUGCUCAAACAGAGAAACUAGAGGAAGCCCUGAUGCUGGACACACUGGUGAAGGAGGGCCUAAUAUCAGAGUACACGUUCUUCUUCAUACCAGAGACCACCAGUGAUCUACAGGGAUCCAAACAGCUGAGCCAGGCUAUGUGUUGGCUGCUGGCUCGUACUCCGCCACCCUUCCCCCUCGCCUUCCAGACCCUGGUGCAGCUCAUUGAGGCCAGUCUGAGUCGUGAGUUUGGUCCUCGAGUUCUCGCCAACCGCCAGGAGCGAGCUGCUGCUAAUCUUCCCUACCAGGAUCCAGCUCCUGUCAUCCAGUUGUACAACGCAGUUCUGGCUCAUGUUGCUGACAAAGUGUCAUCCCAGGACCUCGGCCGACUCUCGUGGCCGCCAGUUGAAUUCUGCCUGCCGGACACUCGUGACUUUGUCCCUCAUCUGGCUUGGAACUCUGUCCAGCACUUGGACUGGCUACGCAAAGUCAUCCUGAGCUUGCAGCUACCACAGUGGGAGCAGCUCUCUGCAACAGACUCGUGGUCUGAGCUCUGCUCUUCCAUAUUUCACUACGCUGCUCAGAUCCCAGUUUCAUGUCUCAGUCAACCCCUCCUAAUGUCACGGCUGGAAAACCUUCUCGAAAGGGUCAGACUAAAGGGCCAACAUACCCAAACCCCUGGAUCCAAGGUAACCAAGGGAAAGGGAAGUGAUGGAGUGGGAAGUGUGCGUCCAGCCUUUAGUCGGAUUCCAUGGGAUGAUGUAGUGGUGAUUUGCAUCGACCACAAGCUGAAAGACUGGCAGAUACCUGGUCCACCUGUCUGUGAAGACACUGUGACAGAGGAUGGGGAGAUCCUGGUUUACUUAGCCACAGACUCACUCAAGGGCUUUGAGCCGCCUGAAGAGUGGACACGAGCCGUCAGACAGACACACAGGGAGAAGCAGCAAGAGACGUAUGGGGCAAGUGCAUCUGCCUUCUCCACAUCCACCAGUUUGUCCCUCAGACAGAGGUUGUUCCACAGUGUGAUGGAACCUGUGGAAGCACCAAAAACCUCACUAGACAUCACACACACUCCCACAGCGCAGGAGUCGCUAGCCCACAAGGUCCUGCUGAGCUUAGAAGAGGAGAAGGCUGAAAGCAAGAGGUGCAUGGAGCAGCUUCAGCGCUGGCUGGAUGGUGACCCCUUGGACCACUUGUCCACGCCGCUCUUCAUUCCAUCCUCCACCCUGCUGUACAUGCCCACAACCAUAAAGCAACCCCUCGCAGCUAGAACUCAAGAGGCCACUUCCACACAGAAGGCAGAUCCUGAAGAGCAGUUGGAGAAAGCAGCCCAGCCUAAGACCACUCCAGUAUCUCUGACAUGGCGAAUGAAGGAACUCGAACGCCAGAUUUUGGCAAGCCAAGAAGAAGAACUGGCCUGCAGACUGAAGCUGAGUGGUCUGCUGAGCAUUGUAGAUGACUGAAGACCUGACGCUGUAAAAUGGUUUUCCAAAUGACCCUACAGCUAUACAUGCUUUUAGAACAUACAAAUAUUUACUGAGCUCAUGGUGGUCUGUUGCGUAUUGAAGUCAUUCAGUUGUAAAUUUCUCAUUAUUUGUUUUAUUAUUGUGAUCAACUUUACUGAUUCCCAAUGUGUGUGUUAUAAUUAAGGUCUAGGUUUGUAAAAUAGGAGAGGGAAAUCUAAAUUUUUUACACUUGGUUUAAUUUUGUAAAGCUAGCUUUGAAUUUAUAGUUUUUAAGAAUGUGUGUGCAGAUACGGUGUGACACUUUGUUGUGUUGAAAUACUCAGAUUGUAUUUGUAAAACCUACAGUAUGCCUCCACUUUUACAUUUGAUUGGCUCCGUCUUUGUGCUGUAGAAUUAUAAAAUUAUCAAACAGCCAAAUUAUUAAAUAAAAGUGUUAUUUUUCA